AUGGCUCCAUCAACAAAAGAACCAAAGAAGAGAACUGUCAGAAGAAAGAAGGAUCCAAAUGCCCCAAAGAGAGCAUUAUCCUCAUACAUGUUCUUCGCUAAUGCAACAAGAGACAUAGUAAGAUCCGAAAACCCUGAUGUCACAUUCGGUCAAGUCGGGAAACUACUAGGUGAAAGAUGGAAGGCUUUGACUCCUGAAGAAAAGGAACCUUUCGAAUUGAAAGCUAAGCAAGAUAAGGAAAGAUAUGCUAGUGAAAAGGCCUUGUAUGAUGCUACUUUAGCUUAG